UAUAUAUGUUUUCAAUUUUUGAUUUUCCUCUUAAUGUAGAUAUUUGUAUUUUACGCUUCUCAAAAUUUAACAAUAUUUCAAAUAAAGUCAAUAAAGGUUCGUUAGCCAGCAUAAAUAAUAUUUGAUUAAUUUAAUUCAUUUUUGUUUGCAAGACAAUGUUUAUAGGAAAGUAUAUUUAUAUAAUUAUGUAAAAAAAAAAUGAAAAAAUAUUUAUGAAACACUGUUACUCUUGACUUUUAAGAAUUGUUAUUUGCAAAAAAAAAAAAAAGUUAAAUAUUUCUGGCUUUAGUGCUCCACUACAUUGCUUGCAACACCUGGCAAUCUCAUUAGUUGAACAAAAAGAGCAUCCAACUUCAAACUUGAAGAUCUUUCAGUUUUACGCUUUUAAUUCUCAAUAGUACAUACUCACUGUGCUGCCUUCAAUGCAAGAAAGUUUAAAAUUUGCUUGCGGUUUGAGCCAAUGCAGAGGCUACAACCUAACUCCAUUUUGUUUUGCUUCUUUGUGCUUUUCGGUUUCUUUUAUCGGUUGUUAAAAUCAUUCGUGCAACGAAAUGAAAGUGGAAUAUGACCCGAAUGACAACUGAAAUGAAAAACGAGAUCGAUCAGGUGAUCACAGCUGUGAGCUCAAACCAGAAACAGACGCAAAGUUUUCCUACAUUUGAGCAUGUACAAUGGUUUUAGCACACAACUGUGAUCACCUGGUAAAUUUAGUUCCACAAUUUCAGUUGUCAUUAGUGGAUAUAUUCCUUUUAAAAGAAACCCACAAAGAAAGAAACAAAAUAAAAAGAAAGUUAGGCUUCUUUUGUAGUUUCUUCUUAUAGUCGCUGCAAUGAUAGAACUGUAACAAAAGAGGAUAAAAAAUAGUUUGCCACAAUCAGUGUUGUUAUUCUUAAGAUCAGAAUUUCAAAAUACGUACAACCAUGCAUACAUAACAUCGAAAAAGAAUAACUAGUUUUUUGCGAUUCUUUUUUUUAUUGUGUUUCGAAAUUUUGACGUGGGAAAACAGCAGCUGAUUGUCAAAUUUUAUAACUGUGAGUAACGUGAAUGUAAUAGGCGCAAUCUUUGCCUACUAUCAUUCUUGGCAUUGUAACUCCACGUCUCCAUUGCCAAUCAGUGAUUGCCGACCAACUGUCAUUUUGACAGAUAAUUGAAAGCAAUUUAAUUGGGGGUACCUACGGUUUGAUUUAAGCCGACUUUGAAUGACUGAUGGAUAUUUAUGAGGAGCUGUUAGUUAAUGUCAGAAAUAGGCUCGGCGAGCUUGACAUUUACUGCCCUUGAUACAACAGACUUUUAACAUUUUGACAGAAGAAUGACAGAUAAAACCCGUUUGCAUUGCGUGACAUUAGCAACUUUUAACACAAAGCGGAAAAUGCAUGAUAUGAACUUUUUUUCACAUAAUUUAAAAUUAAAAAUUUUAAUUGAACUUAGUUUAAAGUUUUCCAGUAAAAUUUUAUAUAAAUUGCCUAAAACUAAAGAAAAUAAAGGGAAAUUGCAUUCAUAAAGCGCGUUAAAAUAAUGAGACUUAGCCAACUUUUGCUGGCUUCAGAGACACUUCAUAGAGUUGCAGGUAUUCACCAACACGUCAAAGACAAUCUGUCACUUAAGGCAGCGAAAAUUUCUAGCUGCCAUCGGCGAAUUGAAUGAAUCACGUUACUUCUUGGGGUCUUCUUCUGAACAAAAUUUUGUUUCCUUACAAAAAAAAAUUAAAUUUAUUAAUCAGGUGAUCAUUAUAUUCAGGUUUAUGAGUAAUUUGCACGUUCAAAUGAAGGCCCCUAAUUUUAAAACAUGUCGUUGGCUUGGUGCUUUGUAUAAAAAAUCAACCCGUCGCUGCUAAUGGCGUUCAUAGACUGAGUUUCUAAACGAAAAAGGCCUGAUUUUGCUCAGUUUCAGUUUAUUGUUUGCGCUAUUAAUAAAGAUUUUUGUCAGCUGAUUUGCAAGCGAAAAGUGGUGAAUUUGGAUUUAUAGCAUAUCGUGAUAUCUUUACAGGCAGUAUGACCGCCACAAAAAGGUCAACAGUUACUAAAAAUUCAGAGCGUCAGGAGAGUAGCAACGCAGAUAAUGGAAAAGACGAUACUGAAAAUGAAACAAACAUGCCUGAAAGCGAUGGAGAAGUUGACGCAAAGAAGACGAGUAUCCGUCACACCCAAACUAAGCACAAGUUCCAUGACAUCUUCUACACUUGCACUGGUUAUAAAGUAGACACCUUCACAAACUACACGCACUUCACAAAUUGGCUACAUCGACCUGUAGAUGCGUCGGCGCUCGGUGUGUUUCGUAUGCUCUAUGGUUUGGCCAUGUGCAUUGACAUAGCGGAGGAGCGUGGCGGCAGCCAAAUGGACACACGUUUCGGUGAGCCUCGGCAUUGUCACUUCCCACUUUUCAAUGGCAUCAGCGCUGUUUCGCUGCCCGUGAUGGGUUGCAUUUAUCUGAUCAUGUGGUUGGGCGCACUUGGCAUAACGCUGGGCUAUCGUUUUCGACUCAGCUGCCUGGCGUACAUCGUGCCCUAUUGGUAUAUGUUUCUGCUCGAUAAGCCGGCGUGGAAUAAUCAUAGUUAUUUAUUCGGUUUGGUCGGCACAAUACUACUCUUUACGAAUGCUAAUCGUUAUUGCUCUUUGGAUAAAUACCUACAGCCAAAUAUGUCCGACACUGUGCCAUAUUGGAAUUACUUCCUCAUCAAAUUCCAAUUCUUUGUGCUCUAUAUGUAUGCGGGUCUAAAGAAGUUCACUGCUGAAUGGCUCUCCGGUUAUGCCAUGACGAGCCUUAGUGAGCAUUGGGUCUUUACGCCAUUUCGCGCUUUGUUGUCAUCUGAAUUGACGGAUCUCCUAAUUGUGCAUUGGUUUACAGCGAUUUUUGACUUCUCAAUAGCAUUCUUUAUGACCUGGGAGGCGAGCAGAUGGCUGGCCACACCCUUCAUGCUCAGUUUUCACCUGAUGAACUCACGACUGUUCGUGAUAGGCAUGUUCCCGUGGGUAUGUCUGGCAGAGGUGCCACUCUUCUUUGGUUUCAGCUGGCCGCGUAAGCUAAGCCUCAAAUGCUUGCAGAACACUUUGACUUCCGUGUGUGCCAGUAAGUCUGCUAUGCAAUCUCACAAGUCAAUAAUAGGGUCUACUACUACAGCAGCCGCAGAAGGAGAUUCCGAAACUGCUUUCAACCCACGAAACCAGACCGCAAACACUCAACCCGCCGCAGCGGCCGAUGAGCAGUUAGUCAAAUCCACAACAACAGCAAGUCCCUCUGACAAACUUCGCAGCAUACUCAUACUCUUCUAUUGCGCCCUCCAACUUUUCCUGCCAUAUUCACACUUCAUCACAAAAGGUUACAACAAUUGGACGGAGGGCCUCUAUGGUUACUCCUGGAACAUGAUGGUACACACUUACGACACUGUGUUGACAUCAGUUAAGCUUGUGGACAAUGCGAACGGUGAAGUCCACUACUUGGAUCCAUAUGCCUUUACCGAGUACGAUCGUUGGACAAAACAUGCUGAUAUGGCUUAUCAGUAUGCCAAAUGCAUCGAGUCCAAUAUACGCGAGGAUUAUUUGCGUGAUCCAAAGGCUAGCCCGCUAAGUUCUACCAAUAUUUCCAUAUAUUUUGAUAUUUGGUGUUCGAUGAAUGGUCGCUUUCAGCAGCGUGUCUAUGAUCCGCGUGUCGAUAUUUUAAAGGCGGAAUGGUCACCAUUUGAAACCACGAGCUGGUCAUUGCCGCUUUUGAAUGAACUCAACUAUAUGCGUCCGAAAUUGAAGACGAUGACAAAUGAAGUACUCGCGUGGAGUAAUUAUUCGGAUAUAAUUUUUGUAGCCGACUUUCCUGGUUUGACGUUAGAUAAUUAUAUUUCAACCGAUCUCACGAAUGUUACGCUAACUAUUUUGGCGGGAAAUGUGCGUUACAAGAGUGAUGAUGAAGAUGAAGCGUAUUUUCUAACGGCGGGCAAGAGUUUUACUCUACAAAGUGGGGAGACACAUCACAUUACGACAAUAGGUUUGAAGCCUUCGUCAUAUCUCUAUUCGUUUGUGAACAAAACAAUGAUCGAUAAUGCCUCACUUGACACAGAUUCGAUUGAUCAAAAACCAAAGAAACCUCUUUUGCCGCUCUGGGAUGAAUUUAGGAAUCGCGUAAAAAAUUAUAAACAAUUUCUCAAACACAUGGCAAAUUGUGUACUGUAUUUGUUGUAUGAUGUGCCCAUGCCGAUAGAAAUUCGUGAGCGAAAUUAGGAGCCAUAGAUCGUACAUAGCAACAAACAGCUCAGUAUUAUUUAUAAAAAAAAAAAAAUAAAAAAAACCAAA